GCAAUCAACUGCAAAGACAAAGUCGACUGCCUCGUUCCUCACCGCGCUCUGGAUGAAUGCUGCCAUAUUUGCCGCUACAGUCAUCGCGUUCUCGCUCCUUCGGCUACGUUUUAGGGCAAUUUAUGAGCCGCGGACAUACGUUCCAAAAAAUGAGGACAAGCGGUCGCCGGAGCUUGGAAAGAAUCCUUUCAAGUGGCCUUACAUGGUCUGGAAAGAAAAUAUCUCCACAAUUAGGAAGAAGAACAGUAUGGAUUGUUACAUGUUUGCUCGAUUCCUACGAAUGAUGGUCCAACUCUUUAUUCCCAUCUGGGUCAUAUCUUGGGCUGUGCUACUUCCGGUCGACAGCGUAAAUAGUGGUUCUAACCGUUCUGGACUCGAACGCUUCACGUUUGGGAACGUUGGUAAGACAAAGCAGGAGCGUUAUUGGGCACACCUAAGCCUCGCCUGGGUGUUCACCAUUUGGAUUGGCAUUAUGAUUCAUGCCGAGAUGAGGCAUUACAUUACCAAGCGUCAGGAUUACCUUGUCGACCGGGUCCAUUCCGCUUCCGCGCAGGCAAACACGAUCCUUGUCACCGGUAUCCGUGACGAUUACCUCAAUGAACCUGCUCUCACGCAUAUAUUCUCACACCUUCCAGGCGGUGUCCGUAAGAUCUGGUUUAACCGAGACCUCAAAGAACUACCUGAUAUAUAUGACCGUCGGAUGGAAGCGUGCGAUCUGUUAGAAAAAGCGGAGACAAAGCUGGUUAAAAAGGCAAUUGAGAUCGGAUUGAAGAAAGGGUAUGGCAGGAAGAGUGAUAAGAAAAGUGGGAAGAAGCACAGGAGAAGGGACAGGAGAAGGGACGAAACUGUUUCAUAUUCUGAUCGCGAGCCUGGCAUCGAGGAAGCUGAAAAAAUUGUACCAAAGAAAGACCGACCCACUCACCGACUCCCCUUACGCCCUCUACCUUUCUCCAUCCCAUGUAUUGGCAGAAAAGUCGAUACGAUCAAGUGGGCUCGUGAAGAAAUUGCGGAGACAACCAAGCAAUUGGAACGCGGCCGAAAGAUAAUCGACAGUGAGAAGGGAAGAGCUGCAGAUGAUUCGAUGGAUUUAGGGACGUUUUUUGACUUGGGACUGGAUCGCUUGGUUGUGUCUGAAGAUUUUAGCAGCGAUAGUUCUGAUGAUGAGUCAGAAGACAGGAGGAGGAAGCGAGGCAACCACGACGAUCGGACGAAGGAUUCGAAAGGGAUACAUUUGCGAAAACGGAAAAAAGAGACGUAUCCAGUGCUGAACAGCGCAUUUGUACUGUUUAACCAGCAGAUUGGAGCACAUCUUGCUGUACAAGCACUGCUACAUCAUGAACCAUUCAGAAUGACCAGGAAAUAUAUAGAGGUCGCGCCUGCAGACGUGAUUUGGGGAAAUAUGGGACUUAACCUCGCCACAAUGCGGAUACGCACGAUUAUCAGCUACAUAAUAACUGCGGGACUGAUUGUUCUCUGGUCAUUUCCUGUCGCGAUCAUUGGCGGGUUAUCAAACAUUUCAAGUUUGUGUCAGGCAUAUUCUUGGCUAGCCUGGUUGUGCAAUAUUCCGCACUUUGCAAUUGGAGUUAUACAGGGCAUGCUUCCGGCCAUUAUGCUCGCCGCGCUUAUGAAGCUACUUCCCGUCAUACUACGCUUGCUUGCACGCUUCGAGGGUAUGCAGCGCAAGACGAGCGUGGAGCUCAGUCUUAUGACACGUUUCUUUAUCUUUCAAGUUGUUCACUCAUUUCUAAUCGUUACGCUUUCUUCUGGUCUAAUAGCUGCCCUGCCUGAACUCGUCACGAAACCUACGUCAAUUCCAUCUCUCCUCGCACGCCAACUUCCGCAAGCAUCCAAUUUUUUUCUUACCUACAUUAUCCUGCAGGGCCUUACCGGAUCCGGUACCGGUUACCUGCAGAUCAAGUAUUUCGUUUUGUAUUACCUGAAGCGCCUUAUGGCAGGAAGCACACCUCGCUCAUUAUACAACGUCGAAUACAGUCUUCAGGAGAUUAAAUGGGGGACGGAGUUUCCUGCGACGACGCUGAUUGCUGUGAUCAGUAUCGCAUACAUGAUUAUCUCUCCUAUCAUCAAUGGGCUCGCACUAGCAACUUUCUUCCUUCUUCUUCAAAUGUACAAGUAUCGAUUCCUCUACCAAGUCGGACAGCCCGCAGCAAUGGAUACUGGUGGAUUGUUCUUCCCACAAGCGAUUCAGCAUGUUUGCGUCGGGUUAUACAUUCAGCAGAUCUGCCUAUGUACAUUGUUCUUCCUCGCUCGUGAUGAGAAAGACGAACCAAGCGCGACCCCGCAAGGGAUCCUUAUGCUUGUCCUUAUCUUGAUCACAAUCGUCUGUCAUGACGCGAUGAACAGAUCAUACAACAAAUUGCUCGGCGCGUUGCCACUCACAAAGGCAGACGAUACAUACAAAAAUUAUUCUCGCCACCAUCACAAGCACAAACACCACAGACAAAAGCAUGGCUCAGAUGGGCGUACGGGUAGAUACAAUCCGACAGGAGCCCACGCAGAGGCAGAGUUCUACCACCCUGCUGCGGGAGAGCCGAUCCGACCAAUUUGGAUUCCAAAAGACCGUUUGGGACUUAUGAUUGGGCAGGCGGAGGUAGGUGCAAAUAGAAGGUAUUUUGGGGGAAAGCAGUUCUCUGGUUGUCAUCACGCGAACAUGGACGAAAAGGGCCAUGUCCAUGUAACUGGACACCCGCCCGGUGGACCUUGGAGGGAUGGUGAUUAUGGUUAUGAUUGAGCAAUGAUGCAGCUAUUUUCUUUCUUGUUUAUGUUGUUUGAUGUUUCGUUGUCACCCUUGUCGGCAUGCAAUGCCUUUCUCCUCUUCGUUUUCCCUUAUGAUUCUUUCCAUACCCUUUCACUAUCCC